AUGACUACCUUACACUAUCUGCCUCCUGUGAAGCCCUCGGCCAUUGCCCUAGGUACCUUCUUCACCCACACAGCGUCACUGGGAAUUCUGGCACCUCUCUUUGGGGACACUUACCACCGAGCCCAGGCGGCAAACUCAAAGGAAGAAUUCAUCAAGUCGAAGGAAGCUGCCGGGGCUGCCGCUGCAUGGGGUAGCUCUCUAGCUGGAAGUGCUGUGCAGACUUAUGGUGUAGCUGCACUGAUCAACGCUACCGGUACUCUCAGUUACAAGGGUGCUGCCUACCUCGGCACCUUGAUCUUCUUUGCUAGCUCUGCUCCCGGUUUUGUCAGCCAGAUCUUUGCCGAGAAGAGACCCCUGGACACAGUGGCUGUUGGAGCUGUUAGUCGGGUCUUUGAGACGGUCGGCCUAAGUUUGUUCCUGACCUGGUGGGGAACUCGUACCCACCCCUUCGACUAG